GAUACAACAAAAUUCAUAGGAGAAGCAGAAAAUUUAUGAAAAAGUUAGGAAUAUAAAGGUUUGAAAAUGCGAUAGCUGCGAAACAAACUUUAUCGAUACUAUCUAAAUCGUUGAUAGCUACUUAGCACGAAUUGUGUAUACAUCAGUUGUCAAAAGUUACUCGACUAAAAAUGGCGACUCCGUAUCUCGCACAAAUCGACGUGAAACUCGCAGCAAAUUUUGAAAAAUACGACCAAGCCAAAGCAAAUGGCAAGCUACACGUGUACAAUACUACAUCCAAGAACCGCGGAGUUGUAAAGACAAUCAAUAUUUAUAAAAUAAAUCAUGAUGAUUCACAAGAGGAUUGCAGAAAAGGCUCGGAAAUUGAUGUGCGUAAUUUGGUAUCCUUAUUCGAGCAAAUGGGAUUUACUAUUGAUAUGGAUGAAAAGACCAAGACCCAAUCACCAUAUACAAAACAGGAUAUCAUCGAUAAUUUAACUGAGUUUGUUAAUAACGAGAAAUUAAAAACCGCGGAUAGCGCGAUUCUCUUCAUCAUGGGUCACGGAGGCAGAAAUUCACAUAAGAGAGACUACUUGUACUUAGCCAAUGACGAAAAAAUUUAUUAUGAUGAAGUGUAUGAAUAUUUCAAUAAUGCUAAGUGCAGUUAUAUGCAGAACAAACCAAAAAUGAUUUUCUCGCAAAUGUGCAGAGGAGAUGAGCCAGAUUCUGGUGUGUCUCUCAUACAAACAGACGGUGCUCCAAGUUCCGGUCCAGUAAUACCAAGCUUUUGUAUGUACUUUCAAUUUACCAAUUCUUGGGCUUUAGGCUUCAGUGCAGUGAGACUUACAAACGCAGGAAGUUUAUUCAUAAUCAAAUUGUUUGAGGAAUUUAUGAAAGAGGCCCACGAAGAAGAUGUCGUUACAAUGCUGGCUGCAGUAAACCAAAAGAUUUCCGAGGAAAAAUUCUAUAUAGCAUCAAAUGCAAUUGUUCAAGCGGCUGAACACACUAACAGAACGUUUAGAAAAUGUUAUCUUAAUCCUGGUAUAUAUCGAGAUGAUGAUGGGGUGGUCAGAUAUAUUAAAACUGACGAGGAAGUGUCUGUGCAACAAGUAAAUGUUAAUCAAAAAGCAGAUAAACCAAAUAUUAAUCCUAAUAAUGGGAAAAUGCGUACAGACAGCAGAGACUCUGAGCAAGCACCUAGUAGAAAAGUACUACAACCUGAAGCCGAAAUACGCCGCGGAGAAGGUGGAGAUAGUGGUGGAGGAAGAGGAGGCAGCGGGGGAGGAAGCGGAGGUUCUGGAGGCGGCGAUGGGGCAAGUAGAAAUGGUGGAGGCGACGGCGGAAGCACUUAUUACACCGUUAACGAUUAAAGCCAAUUAUCAUUACGAUUUGCUUAUUAUUUAUGUUUGUUGUUAUUUGCAUUAAUAGGUAUUGUGACUAGUAUCACAUUUAUAAAAAACUAGGAGGUACGAUAAA